UUGGACGGCCUGAUCUCGGCCAUCACAAAGACGGCAUACAGAGGACCCGAGCGGUCCAACGUAAUGCUGAAGAAAUACAUGACGCGUUGGCUGAAGGCCAACCUGAACAAACUCUCCAAGAAAUACAGACGAUCUUCGAAGUGGGAGGACCCGUCUGUCUCAAAGGUGGCUGCCGCGAAGCUAAGCUUUGCGACAGCUCAGGCGGUCCCAAAAUUUAUCCCGCACUAUUUGUACGCGGCGAAUGGACCAGAUGCUGACCGACAGUCAGACUACUAUCCCGUCAAGGGCUCGCGAUGCCUCCAAAGGGAAGAGCUGGCGGAUCUCAACUUACUUAGGUUACAUCGGCUGCAGAUGACAUCCAGUUCCUGCAUAUCACUGGCCGAGGCUGGUACAUCUGUGCAAGUUGCUGUAAAUGUGCAUAAUAUGAUUCGCCCUGUGGUUACCAACUAUCACCGGGCCUUCGCCAACGGCUUUUGCUGCAUGCAGACGGCUGAAUUCAAUGGUGCAUUUACGGUGGAUUCGGUCUUUGCGUCCACCGAACCGGACUGCCGCCACCGAUUUGAUCAGACAAGCGGCACUGGCUUCCCCGCAUUCAAUCGUGACGGUCUUCGACGCAGACGACCUCAGCGACAUUGGUUGGCUGACGAGUCUUGCAAGCUCGAUGACGCCUUGGCCGCUCCACCGGAAUAA